AUGGGCAUUGGAAAACUUGCAUUGUUUCUGCUAUGUGCGUUUCUCUGUCAACUUGUUUUCUCCUCAUCUUUACCUCAUUUGUGCCCCAAUGAUCAAGCCCUUGCUCUUCUUCAAUUCAACAAUGCGUUUACUAUAAAUCUUGAUGCUUCUUCUAGUGAUUACUAUCCUAAAACAGUUAAAUGGAAUAGGAGCACAGAUUGUUGUUCAUGGGAUGGAGUCAAGUGUGACGAGACGACAGGACAAGUGAUUGAGCUUGAUCUCAGUCGCAGCCAACGUCAAGGCAAGUUUCAUUCCAACAGUAGCCUCUUUAAACUCUCCAAUCUCAAAAGGCUUGAUUUGUUUGAAAAUGAUAAUUCUGGAUCGCUCAUUUCACCUAAAUUUGGUGAGCUUUCUAGUUUGACGCAUCUUGAUUUGUCAUAUUCAAGUUUUACAGGUAUAAUCACAGCAGAAAUAUCUCGUCUUUCUAAAUUGCACGUUCUUAGUAUCGAGAGUGAUCCAUAUGAGCUUAGAUUCGAACCUCACAAUUUUGAACUGCUCCCUAAGAACUUGACCCAAUUAAGAGAACUCCACCUUAGCUCUGUGAACAUCUCUUCCACCAUUCCUCUGAAUUUCUCUUCUUAUUUGACAACUCUACACCUUUCAGACACGCAGAUAUACGGGAUAUUGCCCGAAGGAGUUUUCCACCUUUCCAACUUGGAAUCUCUUGAUAUAUCAUUCAAUCCCCAGCUCACUGUUAGGUUUCCCACAACCAAAGGGAAUAGCAGUGCAUCACUCAUGGAGUUAUAUCUCUAUAGUGUGAAUGCUACUAGUAACAAUGAGUUGAAUGACACAUUUCCUAAAUGGUUGAGAGCCCUACCGAAUCUGAAGAUUCUAAGACUGAGAUCAAAUAAGUUCUUUGGCCCUAUAAAAGAUUCAUCGACUUACAAGUUUGCUCAAAUUCAAGUCAUAGAUCUCUCAUCCAAUGGAUUUAAUGGAGAUUUACCAGUGAGCCUCUUUGAGAAUUUUGAAGCCAUGAAAAUAAUUGGUGAGAAUAGUGGAACCCGAGAGUAUGUAGGAGAAGCAUUUUCUUAUGAUUACAAGAAUUCUUUGAUAGUGACAACAAACGGACUGGAUCAUGAACUUCCUCGAGUUUUGACUACAGAAAUAAUUAUCGAUCUCUCAGAAGGUCAUAUCCCAAGCAUUAUUGGAGACCUCAUUGGGAUUCGUACGUUGAGUUUAUCUCAUAAUCGCUUGGAAGGUGAUAUACCAGCAUCAUUGCACCAAUUAUCUGUACUUGAAUCAUUGGAUCUCUCAUCCAACAAAAUCAGAGGAGAAAUUCCACAACAACUUGCAUCCCUCACAUUUCUUGCAGUCUUAAAUCUCUCUCACAAUCAUCUUGUUGGAUGCAUCCCCAAAGAAAAACAAUUUGAUACGUUUGAGAAUAGUUCAUACCAAGGGAAUGGUGGGUUACGUGGAUUGCCACUCUCAAAAGAUUGUGGCGGUGAUGAAGGGGUACCACAAGCGACAACUCAAGUUGGGCUAGAUGAAGGAGAAGAAGGAGAUUCAGCAAUAAUAAGUUGGCAGGCGGUUCUCAUGGGGUACGGUUGUGGACUUGUUAUUGGACUAUCAAUAAUAUACAUAAUGUUGUCAACUCAUUAUCCAGCAUGGUUUUCGAGGAGGGAUGUAGAAUUGGAACACAAAAUUCUUAAGAGAAUGAAAAAGCACCAGAAAAGACAUUAG